AUGGCAUCUUCGGGUGUCGAAUACCCAACCGCCUCAGCCUCUGGGUAUGCUGUUGGAAAUGGUCUCUCCGAUACGGAGAAGAUUGCCCUCGGUCGCCAAGACAGCCGGAUCGAAUCUCUCGCGAUGGUUGGUGAGACGGACGGCACGCAUCGCAAACUUAAGGCUCGCCAUAUCCAGCUGAUCGGUAUCGGCGGUACAAUUGGCACGGCCCUCUAUGUUCAGAUCGGUGCCGCCCUGCUCGACGGCGGCCCGGGAAGUCUGUUUAUUGCCUUCUCACUCUGGUGUACUGUCAUUCUCGCUGUGACCAUGUGUAUGGCAGAGAUGGUGUCAUAUCUACCGAUCUCCUCGCCAUUCAUCCGUUUCGCCGGUCGUUAUGUCGACGAAGCUUUUGGUUUUGCUGCCGGCUGGAAUUUCUUCGUCUUCGAGGCUAUGCUUGUGCCAUUCGAAGUGACAGCAUGCAAUGUUGUCAUUCACUUCUGGAGUGAUAUUGUGCCAGCAGGAGCCAUCAUUGCAAUCGUCCUCGUGCUUUAUGCGCUAAUCAACCUCCUGGCUGUUGAAUGGUACGGUGAAACGGAAUUCUGGGCCGCCCUCGGUAAAGUGUUACUUAUCGUUGGAUUAAUCGUAUUUACGUUCGUUGUUAUGGUGGGUGGGAAUCCGCUGCACGAUCGAUUCGGCUUUCGAUAUUGGUACGAACCUGGAUCGUUCGCUGAAUAUUACACGACUGGCUCCCUCGGCCGUUUUCAGGGCUUCAUGCAAUGCUUGAUCCGGGCAGCUUUUACUAUUGCUGGUCCGGAUUACGUUUCUAUGGCCGCUGGCGAGGCCCAAAACCCUCGCGUGGUAAUGCCCAAAGCCUUCAAUGCCGUGUUCUAUCGGUUGACCACGUUCUUCAUGCUCGGGUCUCUAUGUGUAGGGAUCCUAGUUCCGUACGACGACGCCGAGUUGACCCGGGCAUUCGCCAAUUCCGCGCCUGGGGCGGCAGCUUCACCGUAUGUCGUUGCGAUGAAUCGAUUAAAUAUCCCAAUCCUUCCGCACAUAGUCAACGCCAUGGUAUUGACCGCCGCCUUCUCCGCCGGCAAUAGUUAUGUAUAUUGCGCGUCGAGGUCCCUUUACGGGCUCGCCCUCGAGGGCAAGGCGCCCAAGUUCUUCACCAAGUGCACAAAAACAGGCGUCCCCAUCUACUGCGUGACGUUAGUAUUAUUGAUCGCGUUACUGGCCUUCCUCCAAGUAAGCGAGAAUGCCGCAGUGGUGCUUAACUGGUUUGUUAGCCUGGUAACUGCAUCCCAACUCAUCAAUUUCAGUGUGAUGUGUGUUACUUACAUCUGCUUCCACCGAGCUUUGGAGGCGCAAGGCAUCAGUCGCGAUUCCUUACCUUAUAAGGGGUUCUUGCAACCUUAUGCAGCUUAUUACGCCUUGUUCGCGACCUUCGUCAUGACCUUUAUAGGAGGCUACACGGUUUUCCUACCAGGCAAAUGGGAUGUUCCGAAUUUCCUAUUCGCCUACGUUAUGGUUGCGGUAUGUCCGGUACUCUUCAUUGGCUGGAAGCUGGUUCAUAAAACCCGGUAUCAUAGGCCAUACGAAGUGGACUUGCUCAAAGACGUAGCUGCGGUCGAAGACUAUACUAACCAGUUCGUCCCGGCACCUCCCAAGAACUCUGUUGCCAAGUGGUUCAACUGGUUAUUCAGUUAA